CUUGGAGGUCAGCGUUUGAGACGAACCUAUCUCAAAGAAUUGUACAAACGUCAACUUUCCCACCGAACUAGGGAAGGUAAACAGAUAUUGACUUCCAAUCCCAUCUGCCCGAACAACUCUGUCAGUACCAAUGUCUACCCAGAAGGAGAUUGCGGUUGGCAUUAUUGCGAUCCCCGCAUUGCUCAACUUCGACUUACCUACUUGAGGCUGGCGCAAUUGCGCAAGCCGCAUCCAGCAGCUCCACUGCCUCCGGAAGAAGUCCUCAUGGAGGCAGAAGAGCUAAGAGAACGUAAUUCAUUUUCAUCCGUCGGACCGACGGCCGGUCCAGCGAGAGGCCUUAGCAACAGCAUGAUGGAUGCAGUCAUGUUGCAGCCGAGAGAGGCCUCAAGAGAGAGCGUGGGCCGAUUGUCGUCGGGUGUAAAUGGGAAAGUGGAAUGGGAAGGAAGAGGCUCUCGUUCGGCGACGGAGACAUGCCUGCCAAGCGGUCAGAGGUACCAGUGCCAGUUGAAGGGAGGUCCACAAUCCUCCGCAAUCAGCUGCCUGCCUACUCUCCGAGAAGUCCUAAGGGUCGUCCUCAGUAUUUUUGGUUAG